GCAAGUUGCAUGUCCAUGACGCGGACCCACAUGCUUGGGCCCAACGGGGAUUGCUCGAAAUGGGCCGAAGCUCACUCUGAUCCACGAGGAGUGGGCCCAGGGACUUGGGCCCAAUUCGUGGGUUCGGGGGGUUCUUCUUCUUCCUCCUCCUCCUCCUCCUCCAUCUUCCUCCUCCUCCUCCUCCUCUUCAUGUCACAUCACGGAGAAGAUUCCGUCGCAAUCGCAAUGGACAGAAUCGCGGCGGAUCUGCGGUUAGUUCCCUGCAAGAAAGAGAGCUUGCGCAAAGGUUUCGAGCAAGCCCUCCUGCUGGGGCUGCAGUGGGAGGAACUGGAGGAGCAUUUCGACUCCAUCGCCAAGUCCUUGGACGAGAGGCUCGAGAACCUCGAGGCUAGGGAGGGGUCCAUCGACGACAUUCUCCGGAAGGAGAAGGACUUGGGUUCGAUGGAGAGGAGGCUCGAGGAGUUGGGAAAUGCGUGCAGGGAGAAGGAGGAGUUGCUGCUCCGGGCGAAGGACUCGCUCGCUGGUUGUGUCCUGGAGGCCGAGGCUAAGGACAGGGAGCUGAUCCUGCUGGGGGAUUCCGUCACAACGAAGACGCUGGAGCUCGAGAUAAUGCAGAGGAUGAUCCAGGCCAGCUCCGAAGAACUCAUGUCGACGGAGGAGAGGACCGAGUGCGUGCUGGAAGAGCUCCGGGGUUGUUUGCGCGAACUUGAUUGUAAGAGGGAUGAGCUGCAGCUGGUUGUGAGGGCAUUCGACGAGUGCGUGAAGGAACUCGACUCGAAACGGAGGGAAUUCGCGAGGCUCGGGAAGUCCGUGGAAGAUCUCUCAGCAGAGGUGAGAUCAAGAGAGGGUAAACUCGAGGCUCUUGCGGAGGGUUCAGAUCGUUACUCCAUAGAAAUCGACCGGAAGAAAGAGCAGCACACCUCGCUCGAGAAGAUCUCGAGACAGUACUCGGAAGAAAUCGAAUCGAAGAAAGCAACUCUUGCUUUGCUCACCGAAACAAUCAACCGAGCCCGUGGCGAACUCGAGUUGAAAGAGAAAGAGCAUAGUGCGAUAAUCACCUCCAUCGAGAAGGAUAACGCCGAGCUCGUGAAGAAAAAAGAAGAGCUGGAGACCCUACUGAGUUUAUUGGUUGAAAGGGAGAAGGAACUCAAAUGUAGAGAGCGAGAGCUCUCUUCAAUCCAAGCUUCGAUAGCCGGAUGCUCCGAGGAACUAAACUCGAAGCACAAACAACUGGAUGCAGUGAGAAGAUCUCUAGCUGAUCUACGAGCUGCGCUCGGUUUAUCAGAGGAGCAAACUCCCCGUCUCGGUCCUGCCUAGGGACGUUUUCCUUCUGCAGCAAGCCCAGAAGAAACUGAAAUCCCAUCAUCCCAAAUUUCAGAGCUGAUACCACACGACAUUGGUAUAGAGAUUGGUCAGUGCAGUUACAUUCCUUAACUCUUGUUUUAGUUCAACAUUGCCUCCUUCACACGGUAGCACAGUAUAGAUUGAAGUUAGGCAUGCUAAUUACUUGGCAGAGCAUAGUUUAGUUUGUUCUUCAGACCGUAAUUACUAAUCCUUAUGAUUAAACGAAGUUAAUAUGAUCAGAAUUCGAAUUAUGGAUAGGAUAUGGGGCGGCACUUUGCCCUUUCUCUGUAUUUCUUCAUUUCCUCAUGAUCGGGAUACGAUAUGUGCACAAAAUGUGGAAGGAUGGAUCAGGUUUGGCACAAGCCUCUACUCAGGGAGAGCACUCUUAUCGAUCCUAUGGACAAUAACUCAAAUUGUUGCCCUCGUAAGUCAGGACCGGCUAUCUAACAAAGUGAGUUCUAAAUGAGUUUUGUGAGACGACAUAUACAACCAUACGAUGAAAAUGUACAGGGGGAGACCAGGGAAUGUAUAUCCGCAUAAUGAUAUGCGUGCUGUGGGUAUUCAGAAGAAACUUUUUCUCUGAUUGCGUGCUUAUAAUCAAAUUCCUUGUACUGGAAUUUCAAUUAGCUAGGAGAGGUCUUUCAGUUAGUGCAGUCUGCAGUCUUCUCGCAAAGAACGUUGCUCGAAAGAUCUUGACAAGAGUGGCAAAACUGCAUGUGCAUUAUAUUGCAAAUUUGGAAAGCAUAUUUUGAUAUAUAAAGGCAGGGGGCAGAAAGCUCUUUUUUACA